AUGGCUCCCUUGGUUAACAAGACUAAAACGAGCACCUCACCUUUGGUCAAUAAGAAUAGAAACGGUGUAGUGGUAGCUACUUCGACUACUAAGGCUAUUAAUGAUAAAGCAGUUCCUUUAAAUAACAAGACUAGAACUAACAACACAAGAGUCCGUUGGAGAUUAUGCGAAGCUCCUCAACAUAUCCUUGAAAAGGUUAACUUCCCUAACGCCGCCAAUGAUAGCAUCAGUAAAGUCCGUUGGAUAUUAGCUGAAGCUCCUCAACAUAUUCUUGACAAGAUCAAACCUUCAGAAUUCGCAAUCAAAAACAUCGUUAAUAAUAGAGUUCCUCUUUCUUCAAGCAACCCCGCAAUUACUAUGAAUGAUAUACAAAUAUCAAACAACAUUUCCCCGAUAAUGGCCAAUAAUACUAGACAACUAUGUAGUCAACAUCAACGCAAUAACAGACGAUCGCUCAGAAAGCAACCAUAUCCACAAAGAGCGCCCAACUCUUCGUCGGAGGAUGGCUAUGUAAUUCGGGUUAAUAUUUACGAUGUUUAUAAAAGAAACCCAAAGCUAUUAUCGAAAACUUUGAAAGAGGUUAAGAAGGUUGAAAAAAAGGAAGAAAAUCCAUUUGUCUUAAGACUCGAAGAAUUGAAAGUCCAAAUCAAUGAACUGGAUAUUGACCAUUCAACAAUGAACUUUACGAGCCCUAAGAUAACGUGGAAGAAGGGUUCAUCUUCACUUGAAAUCAAGGAACUAGAAGGAGCCAAUCUACUUCAUAAAGAAGAGUGGGAUCUCUGCUCCAAGUUAAGAAUGCCACCUCUACAAUAUUUAAGAGGCAAACUUGCAAUCCUCCGUGGCGCCGGGAAGGCCCGGAGAGAUCAUUUAAAAUUUAAAAAAGUAGACGCACAGCGCUUAGUUAAUUUUGACGUGAACAAAGCGUGCAAGCUCUGGGAGUUCUUCGACCAACUUGGUUGGAUCUGA